AUGCUCCGCCGCACUCCCCUCCUCCGUGGAGCCCCCUCGCCGGCGGCGUCCUCGUUCCGGCGAGCUUUCCGCUCGGUAGCCUCCGUCGAGGCCAUCCUCUCAUACUCCCACCCAUUCAAGACCUCCUCCUCCUCCGAGGACCAGGAGGGUCCCGCCCACCUCGCGCUCUACAACUACCCCACCUUCGCCGGCGCCUACUCCGCACUCGCCGCCGACCUCUUCCAUCGCCGCCUCGGAAGCCGCCUCCUCAUUCUCCCCUUCUCCUCCAUCGAUCCCUUCAGAGCGGAAGACUUGAAGGCUGCAGGGUUCCGUUCUUGCUAUCUUUUGGAUUUUAUCGGCCCAAAGAAGUUCGCGUUGGAGCUCUCUCGAUUCAUCCCCAGUGUGGUAGCAUUUGACCACCGGCAAAGCACACUAGCAAGGAUUCCCCAGUUGGGUCGGUGUCCAACUAAUCUUGAGCUCCACAUCGACACAACAAAGAGCAGUGCCCGAGCUGCAUUCGACUAUUUCUCCGAGAAGCUUGCAGGGACAAACCCCGAUUCUAAGAUGUGUGAGAACCUGUUGGACCAACAAGACGAGGAGCGGGUUCUUAAUGUUGUCAAAUACAUAGAGGAUGCUGAUCUGCGACUAUGGGAGCAGCCAAACAGUAGCGAAUUUCAUACGGCUCUGAGAGAAGAACGUGCAAAGUUAAACUGUGUGACUAAUCCUCAUGUUUUUGAGCAGCUAGUGCAACUUGAUGUUUGCGAUCUGCUUGCUAGGGGAAAUUCACUUGUGCAGAAUCGUCUAGAGGCUGCAAGGAAGCUAAUAUACAAUCCUUUCAAGCUUCAUCUCGGAAGAGGGUUAUAUGGUGAAUGCCUAGCAAUCAGAGCUGAUGGGAAUGCAAUACUGAGCCACGAAAUUGGUUUGGAGCUGAGCCAGAUGAGUAGUGCUGCCGGAUUAAGACCAAUUGGAGCGGUGGUCUUUUUGCAACGUGGUAUGCUUAAGGUCUGCUUGAGGACUGCAGACAAUGCAACCAAUACAUCAGAGGUUGCUAAGGCAUAUGGUGGAGGUGGAAAGCCAACCUCAAGUUCUUUCGCGCUAAGAAUGGACGAGUUCAAUGCCUGGACUAGAGAGAACUGAUGAACCCACACCUAGAAUGCUACUCCCUCCGGACAGAUUUAAUUGCCGCGAGCUGAGCACAGUAAAACAACUAGUACCUACGUACGAACGUCGCGUCGAUUAAAUAAGACCAGAGAGAGUAGAAGGCAACCUGUGAUACUAUCGUAUGAUGGCAGAGCUGUCGGGACAACGAUACAGAGCUGUCGGGAGAACGGUACAGGGACAAGACAGUUAAGCGUGAAGAUGCUUAAGCCUGAAUCUGUUUACGAUGAUAUAUUGAUGCGAAGAGUAUCGCAGCACCCUUGUCAGGAACUAGUAUGGGUAUGG